AAAGUUGAUACUCAGAAUUGUAGCUCACAAUGCCUCAUUUUCUUAUCGGAUUGCAUGUUUGAAUAUAUUUUCUAGCAUUGUCAGAAAAUUUGUAAUUUCCUGAGGAUUUUAUUAAAAAAAAUUUAGCACUAGGAGGAGCUUCAAUUAAUUGUUUCUUGUUUGAGAAACAAGCAUGUUUGAUUAGAAAUUUGAGAAACUACCGAAAAAGAAUUUCUCCGUUUCCGCUGCUUCUUUUCUCUCAUGGUUUCGUAUCUUCACCCUAAUUUCUUCUUUCUCAGGGCAAUUCUCUUUCUUCUGUCAAUCUCUCUCUCGUGCUCGCUAAACCCUUAAGCCGAAGGAUCCCUAUCUUAAGUCAUUCUCUCUCUCUCUCUCAAUCGGUCGCCAAAUAUACAUCAUCGGGAAAAAAGAGAUGGGUUUAGUGUCAAAGGACAUGGGUUUACUUGUGGUGGUGAUGUUAAGGAUGCUGGUAUUGGGUUUGUUCAUUGUGAUUUGAAGCUAUGGAAUGAGUUGGUUUUUGGGGAAUGGUGAUGUUAAGAUUGCUGAUUUUAGGGUUGUUCAUUGUGAUUUGAAGCUUCUGAAUGUGUUGGUUUCUUGGGAUGAUGAUGUUCAGAUUGCUGAUUUUGGGCUUGCAAAAGUGAGCAAAAACUCUCGCCAAUGAAAUAAGGGCCAUUCAAGUCUCCGCACAUUUGUAAGUUUGGCUUUUCUAGUGAAGUAACGGGAGGACAAGAGCAAUUAUGGAUGUUGACUCGCAACCAACCAUGGAAGAAACCAUUUUGGUUGGUGAUGAUUUAAUGAUGGGGCCACCGUCGCCUAUCAUUCCACCUGAAAUUGCGUCUCAUGUGCUUGAAGGUGUUGAUUUAUGUGAUGGGAUAUUGAGGAAUCUCUUUUUAUGCUUGCAAAUAAAUGAUAUUGAGCCUUUUUGUCAAGAUGAAAUAGCUGUUUAUCGACAGUGUGCUGAAAGACGGGAUAGAGAACUAAGACAACGGCUUCAAGACAGUGAACAUAAAUUAGGGUCAUCAAUGCCGCUAGAUGCAGCAAAGGAAAGGGCUACACAACUUGAAUCAGAAGUUACAACAUUGGAGAGACGCUUGAUUCUUGCUAGUGGCGUUGAAGGCAUUGAAGGAUUCCGUCAAAGAUGGAGUUUGCAUGGUCGGCUCACUGAUACCAAUAAAAGGUUGGAAUCUUUAAAGCAAGGAAUCGAGAGCAGGAGAGAAGAUGGGCCAGCAGAGAAAACGCCAUCUUCCAAAAGAUGGUUCUUUUAGUGUAAGUUGUUGCUUCGAAUACCAGGCUUCCUAUUCGGAUCUUUAAGGAUCGAUAAACCACGAUUUUUCUGAAUAGGUCAAGGCUUGAGUUUUAGGCUCUAUCUAGUCUAAAAGGGCAUGUUUUUAUAUUUUUGGCUUAAAAAUAAGCUAUGGGAGAUGAAAUUUCUGUGUUAUAUCAGAUAAUAGUUUUUUUUUUUUUUUGUAAAAUAAUGUUUUUUAAAAAUAUAAUGACAAAAAUAGGGUUGGAGAGAAACUUUUUCUAAGAAUAUGUAUUUUGGAAAACUAUUGAAAAAUUGGGGUAGUGAAAUUGUGUAUCGGAUACACGAUUGUUAUGUGGCAAA